AUGGCAGAUUAUGCAAAGAUACUGAGAUCUCUUGCAAAAGAGGCUCACGUAAAUAUACCAAACGAUGCAUUUCGAACAUCCAGACGUAGCAAGUUUGCAACCGAAGGAACAAACAGAUGUCCUACAUGCAAUAAAGCACGCACAUCGAUAGGAUGGUGCAAACCAUGCGAUACCAAGGCACUGGAGGAACAAUUUGGUACAUGGACUAGUGGAAACGAGGAGUUGGACAAAUUUAUUCAAGAGACGCAGUCCAGUGCCAACACACCGCUUGAUUUUAUGCGAUGGAUCGAGUUCGAUUUGUUUUCAGAUGUCGAGUUUGUUGCAAAGGGUGGGUUUGGAUCUGUGUUCUCUGCUAAUUCACAAGCUUUGGGGAAAGUAGCGUUGAAGUUUUUGGAUAAUUCUGAGACCUUAGCAAAAGAAUUUUUGGAUGAGCUUCGCGCUCAUCAUCGAUGUAGUCUUGGGUCUGGAAUUAUCGACUGUUAUGGUGUAAGCAAAGAUCCAACGACCGACAGAUACGUAAUGGUCAUGCGAUAUGCUGACCAUGGCAAUCUACGUAUGUAUCUCGGCCAGUACUUUGGUGAUUUGACAUGGGAACAGAAGAUUUCAUUAUUUGAGAAAGUAGCAAAGGGUUUACAGGAGAUCCAUGAUGCUGGAUUAGUACAUCGCGAUUUUCACUGCGGAAAUAUCCUCCGACAUGAAAAGCUUGUAUAUGUAACUGAUCUUGGCAUGUGUCGGCCAGUGAACGAAUCAGCAGAUGCAGAUAUAUACGGCGUACUCCCAUAUGUAGCACCUGAAGUUCUUCGUGGUGAACCCUAUACAAUGAAAGCAGACAUAUACAGUCUUGGAAUGAUAAUGUGGGAGCUAUCUUCCAAUCAACCUCCGUUCGCCAAUCGUGCUCAUGAUUACACGCUUGCUCUUGAUGUCUGUAACGGACUGCGGCCGCCCAUCAUUGAUGGCACACCUAAAGGUUACAUGGCUGCUAUGCUUCGAUGUUGGGAUGCCAAACCAUCACGACGACCUCAAGCUUCCGAAUUAUUGGUCGCUUCUUACAAGUGGCGCUUCCUUCCGGAUGGCACAGCACCAUUUCAAGGACCUAAAAGAAGGAACGCCAAGUCGAUACCUGUCAAAUCUCCAACUACCCCGACAAAUGCUCAUCCGCAGGCAUUUUACACUAGUCGAUUGCUUCAUUUCCCAAAACUACCUGAACCCAGGAAUUCGGAUACUUUUAUGUUUUUCGACCCUGCCACAGGAGAAACUAGUAUCAUGCUUAGAAAGCAAUCAUCAAAGGGAGAUGCGGCUUCAACGGCGAGUAAGCCAAGCGAAGGUCAGCGCAGCAGCCAGACGGGGAAAGGGAAAAACAGACAAAUAGAUCAACGGACACCUGCUAGAAGCAGGGAUAUCUCAAGAAGUAUGUCAAUGGGUAAAGUAGAUAGAGAGAUCUUGGAGAGACUGCGACGUGAACGUAGGAGAUCAUCCGGCGAGAAAGUCUCAUCGUUGCACGAAGAACUUCCCAAACGAUUCGAGGAUCUGAACCUGAGCAACCAUUAA